AUGCCAAUACAGGCGCCCCAAUGGACAGAGUUUCUCAGCUGUCCCGUUUGCUGCAACGAGUUUGCGGCGAACUCGCGCCCACCGAUCAGUCUAGGGUGCGGACACACCAUCUGUCGCACCUGUCUGGCCACGCUCCACCACAGACAGUGCCCCUUCGAUCAGACUGUUAUAUCGACUGAUUUAGACUAUCUACCGAUCAACAAUGCACUGCUGCAGCUAGUCAGCACUCCAGUGGCCCCGUCCUCGUCGUCCACGUAUGGCAGCAAAGGGAACGGAGGUGGUGGUGGUGCGGCUGCUGCGAUCGCCAAUGGAGGCACUUCAUCGCCGGGGGCAAGCUCUCAGGGAGCGGUCUGUGGGAGCAGAAACAAUAGCACCGCGAGCAGCAACAGCACCAAUGGCAGUAACAGCAGCAGCACGAGUAGCGCUAGCAGUAGUAGCAGCACCAGCAGUAGUAGUAGCAGCAGCAGCAGUUCUGAUAGUAGUGCGAGCAGCAACUGCAGUACCGCUUCCCCCGGCGGCAGCCUUAAGGGUGGCCCGGCGGACCCGGAUCUGAGCUCCACCAGUGUCCAGAGCCUGAAUCCGGACGAUCUGCAAUGCUACAAGACGGCCAAGGCCUGUAUCGAGCAGCUGGCACUCUACCUGAAGCCAUGCCCGGCGGCGACCCUGGCCACGAGUGCUGGUAGCUCGACAGCGGGACUGAGUGGCAGCAAUGGCGGCGGUGGCGCUAGUUUGCUCUCCCGCCAGAUGCAGCGGAAGCUGGUGAUCCUGGUGAACUGCCAGCUGAUCGAGGAUGAGGGCCGGGCACGGUCGCUGCGUGCCGCGCGCUCGCUUGGCGAGCGCACGGUCAUGGAGCUGAUCCUGCACCAUCAGAACCCGCAGCAGCUCAGCACGAACCUGUGGGCGGCGGUGAGGGCCCGCGGGUGCCAGUUCCUCGGGCCGGCCAUGCAGGAGGAGGUGCUGAAGCUGGUGCUGCUGGCGCUCGAGGACGGGUCGGCCCUCUCGCGGAAGGUGCUCGUGAUGUUCGUGGUGCAGCGCCUGGAGCCGCACUUUUCGCAGGCCUCCAAGACGAGCAUCGGGCACGUGGUGCAGCUGCUGUACCGUGCGAGCUGCUUCAAGGUGUCUAAGCGCGAGGGCGACUCGUCGCUGAUGCAGCUAAAGGAGGAGUUCCGCACGUACGACGCACUGCGGCGCGAGCACGAUGCGCAGAUCGUGCAGAUCGCGACGGAGGCGGGCCUCCGGAUCGCUCCCGAUCAGUGGUCCUCGCUGCUUUACGGCGACACAGCGCACAAGUCGCACAUGCAGAGCAUCAACGACAAGCUGCAGACCCCGCAGUCGUUCGUUCAGUCGGUGCAGGAGCUUAUCAUCGCGCUCCAGCGCACGGGCGAUCCGGCCAACCUGUCACCGCUCCGGGGCAACUUGAAGCACCUGGCCGGGAUCGACUGGAACGCGGAGAACCACAUCCCGAGCUGGUCGGAGUGCUCCGCGGCGCUGCAGGCCGUCAAGCGGGUCGUGGCCGGAUUGGUAGAGUUUGUGCAGCACCACGGGAACCGGAAGCUACAGGAAGCGGGCCAUCUGGCGCACAACCGAAACUAUAAGAUCAGCCUGUGCCGCGAUCUGAACCAUCGUGGCACGUGCCCCCGGGGACCGAACUGUACCUUUGCCCACUCGGAAGAGGAGCUGGAGAAGUAUCGGACGAAGCUGCGCAAAAACCAUGGCGCCACGCUGCGCCCGCCGUUGGCGAACGGAAAGGAGCACCCGGCGGCCGGUGGUACGGGGGCCGUCAACCGCACCAGAUCGGACCGCGUGAUGGAUUACGGUGUGGGGGAUGGUGGUGGUGGAGCGUUGCAUCAGAGUUCGUCCUCCUCGCACGGGUACCACUCGUCGGGCGAGGAAGCGUCCCCGGUGCGCUAUCAAAAGCCACCGAUGGGUGGUGGUGGUCAUCACCACCGGAUGGUGGACAAGACGCCACUCGGGAGUGGGGCAAGUGGUGGCACUAACGGGGGUCACCAUAUGGGUGGUUCCGGAGGAGGUGGUGUGUCCCUUCACGCUCUCGGCGCGAUGGGCACGAUGCCCGGCGGUUCGGCGAAUCCAUCCGGAUCGGCGAUGAACGGCGGCCGAUCUGGGUACGGUCAUCAGCAGCAGCAGCAGCAUGGAGGAACGGCGGGAGGAGGCAGCGGAAUGAACUAUCACCUCGCUCGUCCACCUCAUCAUGGCCCGCCGGGACAGUCUCAGGGGGCCGGCGUUGGGCACCACAACGCUGCUUCGAUGCGUUACCGCCCUCCCCACCACAUGGUGUCGGGCGGAGGCCCUACCACUGGAGGUGGUAGCGGCGGAAGUGGCUACCUGGGAGGGCCCCCUCAUCCACAUCCACACCCGGGCAUGCUUCCCCAUCACUACGGCGCCAAUAGUAACCAUCACCAUCAUCUCCCGACGGGCGCUUCCGGUGGUGGAUAUCCGCCAACAGCACCGCAACAACCACCGACCGGCGCAGGGCAGCACUCCGGUCUGGAGCCCCAUCAUGGCCCACCGCUACCCCCGCCACCUCCACCAGCUACCUCUUUGCAUCAUGCACCGUUCCACGGUGGCCAAGGCAUGCACCACCAGCAGCCGCAGCACCAGGCUGGCCUGCACCAGGGCAGCCAACAACAUCAGCAGCAACGCCGCGGAGCAGCAGGUUUCGGUGGCUGGGAAGGUGGCAGUAUGGCCGGCGUUGCUACUGCGGCUGGGGCCCCCGUAUCAUCUCCGGGUGGGUCACUGCAGCACCCGCCCAUCGUCGGUGGUCCACAUUUGUCCGGUUCCUCGCCUCACUCCCAACCGUCGCCAACGCCGCAGGGGAGCUUUCCGCUGAUGGCGCUACCGUUCGGUGGGCGAGACAAGAGUGGCCAACCGGGAGGUGGUGGUGCGCCCAUCGCCAACACGCCAGCGACUGCCAGCUCGGUGUCUCCCCACGGAGUUCCGGGAAUGGUUUCCAAAUACGGUGCCAGCAAUACGGGCGGGUCCGGACCUAUGAUGCAUCAUCAUAGUCAACAUUAUCACCACCCUCACAAGCUACCUCCGCAGCACCCAGCGCGCACCGAUUAUAAAGACAAGCAUCACAACGGUGCUGGCGGUGGUAGUCGCAUGGUGGGGCCGCCAGCCGGCCAUGGGCAUGCGGCAGCGGGACCCAUUUCGGCGUUUACCGGUGCGAGUCGUAAUGGUGUGACCGGUGGUGGACCGCAUGCUCAUUAUCCCGGCGAUCCAACGGCCUCAAAUGGAGCCGGCCCGGGGUCGCGCAAUAACGGUGCUGCAGGAUCGGGUGGUAUCUUCCACCCGAUGCCUCUACAGUAUCAACGGGGCGGCGGCGGCGCACCACCACCGGACGGGUACGCUUUCCCGAAGAUGCUGUUCGAUGGAGCGCUGGCAGGCAAGAAGCCUUCCUUCACACAGCAGCUCAUCAAUCAGCACUUUAGCGAUCUCGGCCUGGCGAGCGCACCCGGCGGCACCGGAACGGUUAAACCGGACACGUUCAUUCGCUCCGACUCGCUUCUGGCCGACGAUGAUGCGCUGCUGGUGGCGGAGCAGGACUUUGGCUCCGCCGCCCAGUACGGCCCAAUAUCGCGCAUGAAUCCGAUCGGCACGGAGCGUAUCGAUCUGGGACUGACCCCUCGCCCACCUGGAACACCGAGAAGCAGCACCACCGCCAUCGGUCGCGACUGGUGGGCUAGCUCCGUUUCGCUCGGCGAACAUUCGCCAACCAAUAGCAGUUCGGCUGCUUCGUCACCAUUUUAUCACGGAGCGGGAAGCACCGGUACCACCGGUGGCAACGGGCAGCCUAUGGCCACCGUUACAGCGCAACACCACAAGCAUCCACCGGCGUCGUCAGCGCACCACCAUCGUCAUCCUCAUCCGUACCACAGCAACCCGGCGCAGCAGCAUCAGCAACCGGCGUCGUCGGCUCUCGUUGGUGGAAAGGUACUCGCGCCGCCACUGGAACCGAACAACAACACGCUCGACUUUGAUCUGCGUGCGGUAGACAAGAAGGUGGUGCUCGAUUACGAUGAUCAUCCUACGGGUGCGGGAUCGGUAUCGGCCGAUUGUUGUGGCGAUCCUUCGGGCGGUGUCGAUGCGCUACAGCCGGCCGGCCCAAUGGUUGGCUCUGGUGAGCCAGCAGGCUUUAUGUUGCAAUCGCUCGUCUCGACCAGCAUCGGCAACUCGCCCGCCAUGAGACCGUACACAUCGCAUCCGUACGCAUCCCCGGACGGUGAGUCGAUCAAGCCGGACCACUGUUCGUCGCCAGUAACGGCCGGACAUGCUGCUGCCGAUCGCACCAACAUCGAUGAGCAUCGUAAGAUUGGCGACAUGAAGCUGCCGUCAGGAAUGCAGUCGCCCGCACCCGGAAUGAUGCUGUCAACUUCGUCGAUUGUCACUGGCGAUGUAUCAUCGGCCGCACCGAUACCGGGCACUGCCGCCAGCAUGUGGAACAAUCUACUCGAUCUAUCCAGUCUCAAACCAUCGACCGGUGGAGAUCAAUUGGAAAUGGAAGGCAGUAACGCUGGGUGCAACAAUGGUAGCGGCACGCAGUCCUUUAAGCUUCAGACGAUGAUGGACACGUUCAUGGGCAACAGCAGCAAGGUGUACGGCAAUCCGUCGUCUGCCGCUGUUGGUAUGCUAAGAGGGCCAAGCGAAGUAGUAAAUGAACAUCAGCAACAGCAGCAGCAACAGUCGCUGCCCCAUAGCUUCGCUGCGCUCGGCAUUGGCCUACAGCAGCAACACCACGAUGGGGGUCGUUGCAAUGGUAACGGUGAAAUGGGACGACUUCAUGAGAUGCUGAAUGUAACGGCCACCAGUAGCCAACCGACGUCCCCAGCCAACGAGGAGCAACGCAAAGCCAACGCGUACAAGGAUCUGACUGAUCUUCGUGGCCAGCCACGCACUAACCAGACGACCGUCAUGUCGGUGACAUCGGCCUCAUCGUCCUCGCCUUCGGCAGCCUCCUGUACGACAGCACCAGCCAGUGGUGGCAACGGUAGUCUCAACCUCCACAUCGAUCCAACAACGGUUGCUGCCGCCUCAAUGUGGAACAACCUGCUAGAUUUGUCCAGCCUGAAACCGGCGCUGACGGGAGGUGGAUCAUCGCCAUCGCUCGGGGCGGUAGUAGACGCCGUCGGUGGUGUUUCGGUGGGAGCCUGCGAUAAUGCCGGUGUGUUAGCGUCGAGCACGCACAUCGGUGUUAGCAGUAACAGUAACAACAGCACGGGCAACGGUAGCUGUGAAGAUUCGUACGAAGCGGGUAUUGCGGAUGAUAUGCGCGAGUUGGAGCUAAGACUUGAGACAGAGUUGCAGCUCGACGAGAACGGUAUAUAACUUGAUGCGACGGUAUGCAUCCAGGUGGUUUGUGAACGAAUUGUAUGAUUUAAUCGAUCGGGGAAAGCGCGGUCAAUAGUAGUAGUGCAGAGAGAGAGGGGGAUACACAGGGCUUAGCCCUUGACCGAUACGAUCAUGUGCGAUCCGAGUAACGGCGCCGAAAUGGUUGC